AUGUCUUCUCCUCAGGCCAACGAAAGCGAUCCUCUCUUAUCCGGGUCCGGCUCUGGCCACGACCGUUCCCACGCCGAAAGCAAGGCUGUCCGAAACUCGCGCCUCCGUGAGCUUGGUCUGUUUGCUUGGGCUUUGAUCGCUACUGCGGCUGUUAUUGUUGUUGCUAUUUGGACUCAGCAUGAGCAGCAGACCAAGCAUGACCACAACACGCCUGCUACGAAGCGAAAUCUUGUCUUCAUGGUGUCAGAUGGCAUGGGUCCUGCUUCCUUAUCUUUGACGCGCAGCUACCGACAACAUGUGGAAGACCUUCAUUUUGGCGAUACCCUUACACUGGACAAGCAUUUCUGGGGAACGAGCCGAACUCGCUCCAACAGCUCCCUCGUCACAGAUAGCGCUGCUGGUGCCACCGCUUUCUCCUGCGGCAAGAAGACCUACAACGGUGCCAUUUCUACUCUACCAAACCACGAUCCUUGCGGAACCGUUUUAGAGGCUGCCAAGCGUGCUGGGUAUCACACUGGUCUUGUUGUGACUACCAAAAUUGAGGAUGCGACUCCGGCUUGCUUUAACUCGCAUGUUGUGCUUCGUGAAAUGGAAGAUGAAAUCGCUCUUCAGCAGAUUGGAGAGGGUGUCCUCGGUCGAACAGUUGAUCUCAUGCUUGGCGGUGGUCGCUGCAAUUACCUGCCCAAGAGCGCAGAGGGCAGCUGCCGAGCUGACGACACGGAUGUUGUUAAGAUCGCAAAGGAGAAGCACAACUGGACCUACACUGAUGAUCGCGCCGGUUUCGACGCUCUUAAGGGUGGCAACAACGUGAAGCUGCCUUUUCUCGGACUGUUUGCCCCAACGGACAUUCCUUUCGAGAUUGACCGCCGAAACCACAACGACGUCUACCCCUCGCUGAGCGAAAUGGCCAAGACUGCUCUUCGCGCCCUCGAGAAAGCUACUGAGAAGAGUGACAAGGGCUUCUUCAUCAUGAUUGAGGGCAGCCGAAUUGACCAUGCUGGUCACAUCAACGAUCCUGCCGCUCAGGUUCACGAGGUUCUUGAGUACGACAAGACCUUCCGAGCCGUUCUCGAUUUCAUCAAGCAGAGCAAGACUGAGACUGUCCUCGUCGCAACCAGCGAUCAUGAAACAGGCGGUCUGGCUACCGCGAUUCAGGAACCUGGCCACCUCCCUGUUUACAACUGGUUCCCCAAGGUCCUUGCCAACGCGACUGCCUCAGCUGAGUGGCUCCAUGCAAAGCUCAAUGCCCAUCUCGUCUCCGAAUCUGGGGCCAAGAAAAACAUGGAGAAGCUUAAGAAGUACAUCAACGAUGAACUUAUCGUCCGCGGUCUUGGAAUCUCCAAUGCCUCCGACAAGGAGAUCACUGCGAUUGCUGAGCAUCCCGAGAACGCGCUCGUUCUCUUCUCGGCCCUCAUCUCCCUCCGCGCCCAUAUCGGCUGGAGCACUCACGGCCAUACCGCUGUUGACGUCAACAUCUACAGCUCUGGUGGGUCUCGAACGGAGAACCUCCGUGGCAACGUGGAGAACACCGACGUUGGUAAGUAUCUGCGCGAGUACCUCGAGGUUGACGUCGACGCCAUCACUUCGGAAUUGCAGGAUAAGAUGGGCAAGGCCGCUGUUCAGGAUACAGGUAUGGAGGCGCUGGAUGAGGUGUGGUCUCUUGGAAACAAGUACCAUGCCAUUGAGAACUAA